GUUUUCUCAAAGUUUAACUACAUUUAAAAUCCUUGAGAAAAGAAUAUACGAGUUAAUUCCGAUACCAUGGGAAUGUGUAUAUCAUCUGUUGCAUCUGCCAACAUUCAUGAUGAAAUUGUCAAGAUACAAGAUACCUAUGAAAAUGCUAUUUUCAUUGAUUCAAGUUCAUGUAAAACUCCAAUUGGUUCUGUUUGUUCUCAACAAGGCCAGAAAGGAAUAAACCAAGAUUCUGCCAUACUUCAACAGGGUUUUGGUAUGGAUGAUGGAGUUCUCUGUGGAGUAUUUGAUGGACAUGGAAUGAAUGGUCAAGUUGCGAGUAGAUUAGUUAGAAGUUGGUUGCCUGGUUUACUUUUAAACCAAAAGAAAGUGAUUUCUUCGUUUAAUUUGGAUUAUAAUAAAAAUGAUUCUGUUGAGGAAUGGAGUAAAGCUUGUGUUGGUGCGUACAAAGUAAUGGAUAAAGAACUUAAACUUCAAGAAAACUUGGAUUGUUCUUGUAGUGGAACUACUUCUGUUACCGUCAUCAAACAGGGUGAAGAUCUUGUUAUUGCUAAUCUUGGAGAUUCACGGGCCGUAUUAGGGACUAGUUCUGAUAAUGGUGACAUGAUGGCUGUUCAGUUAACAACUGAUCUUAAGCCUAGUGUGCCAGAGGAAGCUGAAAGAAUAAGGAAGAGUAAUGGCCGGGUAUUUGCACUUGAAAAUGAAGCUCACGUUACGCGUGUAUGGUUACCUGACCAGAAUUUUCCUGGACUUGCCAUGACAAGAGCUUUUGGGGACUUUGAUCUUAAGGAUUACGGAGUAAUAGCCAUUCCACAAAUCUCACAUCAUCAUCUGAAUAACAACGACAAGUUUGUUGUUCUUGCAUCUGACGGGGUCUGGGAUGUUCUUAGCAACAGCGAAGUUGUAUCAAUUGUGUCAUCGGCAACACGAGCAACGGCCGCUAAAGCAGUAGUAGAUGCUGCAGUUACUUCAUGGAAACAAAAGUUUCCUUUGUCAAAAAUGGAUGAUAUUUCAGUUUCUUGCAUGUUCUUCCAGAAAAGAUGAGUUACAGAUGUCAUCUUUAGGGAAUAAGAUAAGAGGUGCUUAGUUUUCUGAAUUCCAGUUCUUUUGAAUGUCAGUAACUCGGUGAUUUAGAGAUGAAUUCCACUCUUCUUUUUCUUUUUAAACUAUAUAUGAGAGAUGGAUUUACUACUAAGAACGGAUCCAGCAGAGAGAUCAUGAAGAUGUACUGCACCGAGAAGUCUGCGAGUCAUUAAACUGCAAAAUUAUGUAAUGUAAUAGAAAUCUUGUUAAAUACUAAAAUCAUGUUAAUCAUAUUCCUACUCGUUUUCUCAUUUUA